AUGAGUCAUAAUCAGACUGAUCCAGUCGUUCAACGUGAAAAUAUUCACAAGGACCCAGGCGAGCGAUUUCGUAACGCUUUAACUAAAUUUCGUUCAGAUCGUGCUGAACAACAACAAAGAGACUUAAAUGAAUCAACAGCAAAACGUUUAAAUUAUGGUAAUUAUGUUAGACGUUCAACUAAAGAUGAUUUACUUCAUAAUGCUAUUAAACCAUCACCAUGGUCGGAUUUUAUCGAUCUUAAAAAAGGAAAUCUUUAUUCCCUGACAAAAGAAGAAAAGAAAGAACUUUAUAAUCAAUCAAAAUCUUAUGGUGAACGAGUUCGUUAUCGAAAUUUUGCUUUACACUAUGGUCCUAAAGCAAAUCAAAUAGAACGUCGUUCACGUCUCUGGCCUACUCUAAAUGAAGAAUCUCAAUCAAGUGAUGAAACAACAUCUCAUGAAGAAAUCAAUGAUGAUGAUUCCAAAUCAUCAAAAAGAUCUAAUUCAAGUUCCACAAUAAAAACAACAGCUAGGACAUAUACGAAAGUUACAAAUAAUGAUAAUAUGAUUGACAAUAAAAAUAAUCGUACAGUAAUGCUUACUGAUCAAUCAAGUACAAUUCAAGCAUCCGAUGAAGAAGAUGAUGAUGUAUCAGAUUUUGACUAUAGUCGUAAACAAAAACAAAAUAAACGUUUUCAUAAAAAUAAUUCAUCAGUACGAACAACAAGUGAAACAGAAGAAACUGAAAAUGAUGAAACAAGUGAACAACAAAGUAUUCGAAUGAAAAAUCGAGAUACUGAUGAUGAUUUGUUUACUGUACGAGAAGAAAGAACACUUGAAUCAUUGGAAGGCGCACGAUAUAAAAAACGAUAG